AUGGCGAUUCUAGCCUUUAAUCUCAACCCAGAGUCAAUAAGCAAACUUCAUGAUGCCCUUCUCUGCCUCGGCAAAUUUAGUGAUUCAGUAUCCCUCGAAGCAUCUCACGACAAGCUCAUUCUAACAGCUCUUAAUUCAACCAAGUCUGCUUACGCAUCCUUUACACUUGAUGCCAAUAAGUUCUUCAGCAAGUACGACUACAACCCGGCAAGACCCGGAAAAGCGACCUGCGAUAAGUUUGUUUUCCGAAUCUACAACAAGGCUCUUUUGUCCGUUUUUAGAGGUCGAGCAUGUGAGCUAAAUCGAGAAAGAGAUACAGCUGUAGAUCGGUGUGAAGCAUUUAUCGAGCAUGGUGAUGGUAUUUCUAAAAGUCGUUUUACUAUUAGAAUUGUUUGCAAGCAUGGCGUCAACAAAACUUACAGACUGACGUUCGAGUCGGUCCCGUCAAUGCAUGCUCUUUUUAUCAAAGAAAAAGCCCAUAAUCACUGGUCAAUGUCUUCCAAAGCCCUGAGAGAGUUUUCUGAACAUUUUGGCCCAGGGACAGAGCAGCUUGACAUUUACCUCGAGGGCGGACGACUCAACUUCACCAGUUUCACGGAAAAAGUGAUGCUAGGGAGCGAGAUACUAAAACAGCCACUACAUACAACAAUCGCUGUAGAUACCCUAGAGUUUUGCGAGCUCGAUAUUGAAGAAAUGCUUCACAUUACCAUCAGUGUUAAGGAUUUCAAGGCGAUAGUCGUGCACUCGGGACUCAAUAACCUCGUCACAAAUGUUUUUUACUCAUAUCCUUCAUGUCCUAUGCAAAUAUCAUAUCAUGAUGAUGGGGUCUGGUCAGAGUUUAUUCUCAUGACGACGGCAGAGGCGAGAGUUACUCCUGCCUCACAGGUGCCAAACUUGGAUCCUGAGCCCAAGCCAGUCAUUUCAAAACUUCCCGAGGAAGUUAAAUCGAACUCGAAAAGGUCCACGCAAAUCUUAACGCCAUCUCUCAAUAAGACUGCAAGAGUUGAUGGACAGCGGUCUGUUCAUGAUGUAAAUCUUGACCCUUAUUUUCCGGCCCCCCUGCCUAGCACCCAGUCUGAAUCCCUUUUUAUUCCUCGAGCCAAUGAUGAGUGUGACGAUCAGAUCUGGAAUCCGAUAAAUUACGACGAGGAAGACUCUGAGAUGCUGAUGUGGGAUGACGGAAAAAAAAAUACUUCUAAACCUGAUCUUGUACAUAUGUUCAAUGACUUUGCUGGUCAAGAUAUAUCUACAGAAAAAAAUUCCAGCGGGAUAAAUGAUGACAAAUUGUCUAGUAAUGAUUUACUACUAGGUUUACCACCAACACAAAAGUUGUCACAGAUUCGUAACCUUGGAAUCUUUGACCAAAAUGAAUUGAUUUAG